GGAGGAAGGUGCCAUGGCGACCACUGUGAGCACCCAGAGGGGGCCGGUUUAUAUUGGUGAACUUCCUCAGGAUUUCCUCCGCAUCACCCCAACACAGCAACAACAGCAGAUACAAUUGGAUGCUCAAGCAGCCCAGCAGUUGCAGUAUGGAGGAGCAAUGGGCACUGUUGGGAGACUGAGCAUUACUGUAGUACAGGCAAAAUUGGCAAAGAACUAUGGCAUGACACGCAUGGACCCCUACUGUAGGAUACGACUUGGCUAUGCUGUUUAUGAAACUCCUACAGCUCAUAACGGAGCCAAAAAUCCCCGAUGGAACAAAGUUAUUCAAUGUACUAUUCCCCCUGGGGUGGAUUCUUUCUAUCUUGAAAUAUUUGAUGAGCGAGCUUUUUCAAUGGAUGAUCGCAUUGCUUGGACACACAUUACUAUUCCUGAAUCACUGAAGCAAGGAAAAGUAGAAGACGAAUGGUAUAGCCUAAGUGGAAGACAGGGAGAUGACAAAGAAGGAAUGAUUAAUCUGGUCAUGUCUUAUACAUCCUUACCUGCUGCCAUGAUGAUGCAACCACAGCCUGUGGUCCUGAUGCCCACAGUGUAUCAGCAAGGAGUUGGAUACGUGCCUAUAACAGGAAUGCCAGCUGUUUGUAACCCGGGCAUGGUACCUGUGGCGGUGCCCCCUCCUGCAGUCAAUCCUCAACAUGUAUGCAACGAAGAGGAUCUAAAAUCGAUCCAGGACAUGUUCCCCAACAUGGACAGAGAAGUCAUCCGUUCCGUUCUAGAAGCCCAGCUGGGGAACAAGGAUGCAGCUAUCAAUUCCUUGCUUCAAAUUGCGGAGGAAUCCUAAAUGCUUCUGUGCAUUCCCCUUCUUCAUUGUUAUCCCUACUUUGAUUUGCCAAGCCAGGGAUUUAGAUAGAGGAAGAAUUUCCUGAGAAAGCAUCCUGUCUGAAAGAUUGUGGUCCCUUUUACUUUUGUUGUUGGACAUUUGGACA